UAUCUGCUGUCGUUCUUACGGCACUACGGUAUAAACGUACAAUAGAGAUAUAUUACGUAACACAAUACUAAGGUGCGCGAAAUGUCGGUUUGAACUUGGUUUUGACUGGGAUUAACCCUAAACGGUGCUGUUGGCUUCUGUGAUUCUGCCCGACAAAUGCUGCUUCUGGCAUCCUUGGUGUUCACUCUUCCGAGAUUGACCAAAGAAAGCGUACUCCCACCGAAUUGGCGAGACUUCCUGGAUCCCCUUUUAUUAACCAAAAAUGUUAAUGAUCAAGACAAUCGCUACAGCCGACGCCUGUUUGAAGGAGACAUUGUUGGCUUAGACAGCGUCAGCGCAGAUGAUCGGAAAGAAGCUAAUGAUGUUCCUGGGGAACGAAGUAUCUGGCCGAACAACACCAUACCUUACAAGCUGUCAUGUCAACUAACGGGCAAUAUCAUACUGGACUCCAUGGACGUUAUUAGCCGGCUCACCGGGAACUGCGUUAAAUUCAACGCUUUCGCCAUAGACCGCACUAUACCGACCAUACUUCCGAAAGUGGAGGGCACCAAGAUGGGUCAAAACGAGAAUCUGAGUCCACUAGAAGUGGCACGCAUUCACAAGCGGUUCCGGUGCAGCACAGUGGCAAAAGUCAGGAGUCUACUUGAAAAUACCGAAGCCAGUACAACCGGGGCAAACGUCCCAGUAAUCCAAAACGAUGUUCUUGGGUGUGACCUUUCGCGCGACCCACCGUGUCCACUGCAGAAAGCCGUCACACCGUUUCCUAAAUCGCCGGACGAUGAUGCAGUCUACGUUGUUCCUUACAUUCUGGAAACUAGUGUACCACAGGAUACAGUGCCACUGAUUCAGCACGCUCUGGGUGAUAUUGAGAAGUCUCUCGAUGGAUGUGCCGUCUUCAGGGGUGUGGACGCUGCAGAGGCCGACGCCAGCGAAGCGGGAGCAUUGAAGAACAUAAUACACAUUCAAGGCGGUGCAUACUGUGCUGCUCAGUUCAGAGAAAACAGCGCCGGCGAUGGCAUUAUUAUUUUAAGUGUCGCUUGCGUCCAAAAACAGUCUAGCAGUACUAUCCAACGGUUGUUCAUGCUAGCCAUCGGCUUACCGCAUGAACAUGUGCGCAGCGAUCGAGACGAUUACAUCGAAAUUCAUUGGGAAAACAUCGUUCCAGGACGGUCCGAUGACUUCAGGCGGAACAAACUUCCAAGCUUAGACACUGGCCCGUACGAUUAUUAUUCGCUGUUGCAUCCCGGUCCCAGUUUCUUGGCUAACGACGCAGCACAUCCCACGCUGAGUGCAAAAUCUGCGACGAACAUUGGCCCUGGGGACCGGCUGAGUGACGGCGAUGUUAAGAAGCUUAGGAGACUAAUCUGUGGAGGUUGAUACGUUGCAAUCUGGAACCUGUUCUGUAAUAGCUUCGACAACAGCCCCGUCUUCUUCGACUUCGCAAGUAUCAGCAGGUACGUAAGCGGCAUUUGAGUUCCGGCGACUGACCUACACGCUUGAGAAGUACACGUACUUACAAUUUACGACAAAAAAGUGGAUCUGUCCAUACAUGUAUUAUUGUUUAUUAAUCCGCAAACGAGCAAUUCUUUUCACAGCCGUUUUUUAGCUUCGUCUACAAAGUAUAACCAUCCGCUGAUCUGUACUCGUAUAACAACGUUGUACGAUAGAAAAAUACGAGUAUACUUUGAUAGAGAACUUUUCUUCAUGUUUUUGCGCCGUUGCGCCUUAUGUUAUAAAGGCGCAGAACCAUCUUAUUGUCAUCUUUGUACUCGUAUAUUAUAUUUUUUCAUCGCUCAUCAACACAUGGACAAUCUGCGAGUUUAGUCGAGCGAAGGGUUUCCCACACCGAUUAACGGCGGACGUGAUGUGCACAAAGGAUCGUGCCUCUUUGCGUGGGUUGACUAUAUGAGCGACUGCAAUGAAGACUGCAAGCGGAAUUGGGCUUCAAAGGAGGACAUUGUGGAAGUUUAUUUAAUAUUAACUGCUGGUGCGAGCAAAUUAUUUUUCCGCCCGAAUGAAAAGCCUUUACAAUUUCUGUCAUACAAUUUCUGUCAUGAAUAGGAUCGGCACGCCGAUCAGAUUAUCGCACGAUGUCCGACGAAAGUACUAUCCAUAAGUGCCCA